AUGUGUAGGGUGGAACUUCGCAGGACAGAAGGCGAGACUUUCAACUUCUGCCUGCCACAUAGACCCGGGCCUCAUCACGGUCCGACGUCCCCUGCAACGAGUCCGCGUAACUUCACGGCAGGACGAGGGCAGUACACUGGUGCCAGGGGCUCCGAACCCCCACCGUCGCAGCAGACUGCGAGGUCUCAGAGCAGAGGCAGGUCAUGGGGCAAGCGGUCCUUCAUUGCAGCCGCUUCAAAGUCCCACCCCGGCGAUUACCCUGGAAGGGAAGUGGGGGCAACCAUCCUGGGGUCUGUUCCCAGCGGCAAAAGGGAGCAGGGCACAGCUCACAUGGUGUCUGGCCCUGCCCCCUCUCGGGCAGAAGGUAGACUUUCCACCUCCCCCCACAAAGCAGCGACCCAUCGUUUUGUGUCCACGCACAGUGAAGACGGAGGGAGCCCACUUUCCCACCGAGUGUCCUCCAUACUGUAGCUCUCCGCUUGGCACACAUGCACUGUCCAUCCCUUGGCAAACCCCCAUCUUGGACAUACAGGUCCUCAACAACUAUCUAAGAAAGUUCACGUUACAUAUGCUUACGCACAACGUGCUGUCUCCCUCCAUUUGGCAAGGCGAUUGGUUCACUACAGUCAAUCUGCAGGACGCUUAUUUUCAUAUAAGUAUUCUGCCAGCACACAGGAGAUUUCUCGGGUUCGCCUAUCAGGGCACAGCCUAUAUCUCGCUGUCCCCUUCGGGCUAGCACUAGCCCCUCGGACAUUCAGCAUGUGUGUAGACGCGGCCCUAACUCCCCUGAGAUGCAGGGGACUCAGAAUAUCUGCCUACAUAGAUGCCUACCUGCUCUGCUCAUACAUACAGGAGCAGGCAGUGAGAGACACAGCUCUCCUUGUAACCUACCUCACAAAGUUAGGUUUCAGGAUCAAUCAGAUAAAAAGCUGUUUAGUGUCCACAUAAGAAAUAGAAUUUCUGGGCUUCGGACUGAAUUAUUUUUCUUUCCGGGCCACGCUAUCAAACAGGCAAAUCACAACGCUUCGCCAGUGCCUUUCCAUGUUCAAAUGGGAUCAUAAGGGUUCAUUGGUGUUGAUGGCCUCCACCAUCUCAGUAGUUCCGUUGUGACUAUUGAGGAUGAGAAAUGAUCAGUGCUUGGUGUCUGCUCGACGCCUGUGUCCCCACUGUCACCUCAAUCAGAGGAUUACAGUGACCUCACCUUGCGUGGUGGCUCUCCGCCACUGGAGGGACCGCUCUGUCUUUGCUGGAGGCACUCCACUAGGGGUACCUGACUACAAUCUCUGCCUGUCAUAUAGGCUUUGACAAUAAUACAGCGGGAAAACACCCCCUGAUUUGUCAUUUUAUGAAGGGCACGUGUCGCUUAUGCCCAGUGUCCAAGCCAUUAGUCCCAUCGUGGGAUCUACCUAUUGUGCUUGAGGUAAUUUCACAGCAACCAUUUGAGCCACUGGAAAGCGUAGGAAUGUGAUAUCUCUCAUUUAAAACUGCAUUACUUUUAGCCAUUACGUCCGCAAAGUGGGUGAGUGAGCUGCACGCACGGUCAGUCCACCACUCGUACCUGCUAUUUGCCCUGGGGUUAUCAAAGGUUACCUUACAACCUAACCCUGCCUUUACAUCUAAGGUUAGCGGUGCUUACAAUUGCCUCACUUUGGAGUUGCUAACCUUUCGCCCACCGCUUUUUUUCUGCACGGAAGAAGAGCAUCUCCAUCACUUCUGUCCAAUGUGCACCUUGCGCAUCUACAUGGCAACGACGAGAGACCUACGACAGAGCGACCAGCUCUUUGUCUAUUGGGCUCUGUAAGGGCAGGCCCAUUUCUAGCCAGCGUCUAUCCCACUGGAUAUGGAAGACUAUUAUAUCGGCUUAUAAUAGCAAGGGUUUACCACCUCCGGAGGGCUUGAGCGCCCACUCCACCAGAGGUAUGGCUGCAUCAUGGGCACUAUUCAAAGGCAUCUCUAUCCAAUAGAUCUGUAAUGCGGCAUUUUGGGCUACCCCUCAUACCUUUUAUGAGGUUCUACCGACAAUAAUAAUAUGAGUGAAGUAUAAUAUGAGUGAAGUAUCUCACUACGUUUCCCUUCACACUGUGCGUAAGGAUGAAAACAUAUGCUUGAUAAUGAAGUAGAGUGUGGGACCGUGGAGCCUUAUAACAUGUUGACCUGUGUUUUGGCUCACUGCCCCGCAAUUUACUGCUUGUUUCUACAGCACCAACUUGCGAGUUGGUCAUCUCCCGCUCAUAUAGUGUAUGUGCAGCCAGGAUCCAUACGAUGAGCAAGUCGUCCGCUUUCUCUCUGUUUGCCGUACUGGUGUGUGACUCGGGUGUGUGUUGCUUGUGUGUUUGCCAUUUCACUGGAUGUGCUUGUUUCAGGAAGCGGGGUGCGGGCUGUAUUUACGAACCCACUGUAGCUUAUAAAAAACUUUUAGUAAAUUCCUGUAAACAAGAGAGACACAGAAGCCCAGCUAGCCUGUAGUUUCAAAUGGAGGUUGCUAACUAAUCUUUUCAAAGCUGCAGGAGCUGUGCUUAUUUUGUUCUAUUCUGGGACAAUGUGGACCAUCCAGACUUUCAAUGUAGCAACUGUUUGCUUGCAUUGGACUACAGGGGCGAAGUGGCUACUCUUAGCAAACAAGUAGCGAAUUUACAUAAUCUACUGGGGAAUCCAUGUCCACCUACUUUUUCCUCUACUCCAGUUGCUGGAUGCCGCUCUGGUGGGAGUGUCGCUGCCGUGUCGUCUCUCCACAGCCGACUGGCCGGUGCUCUGCAAGGAUCCCUCCCCGAAGGGGUCUACCCCUUCCCUGGAGAAUGGAGUUGGUAGGAUGCUUCUGGAUGUUCCUAUUCUUGACCCUACCAACCAGCCAUGGAGGCACAUCAUGGAUGUCGAAAGAAGCGACCUUUGGCAAUAGGGGCCUCCUUGGCGGUGGGAAGUCCGGACCAGAUAAAGACUUCAAACAGCUUCGCCGCCCUGGAUCAAGAGGUUCCGGCACCUUCAUCCCCUGUUCUGUCUCCCUUGCCGGUGGCUUCUACAGGAAAUGACAUUUCGCUGGUUAUGGGAGGCUUGAACCGGGUGCCAAGAGUUGCGAGCAUGUGAGAUUCCGCCUCUCACUAGUCCUCGACGGGUCUCACAAAUCAUGCGAGACGUAGGAAUGGGCGUAUUUCCUCUCAUCUCGCCGGCUGUUGUUUUAGACAGCUCUAUGGUAGGAAAUGUCUUUGUUCCUGGACCAAAAACUCUGUGCUACUCCAGAGCUCGAAUACAGGAUAUUACUAGGCUGCUCCCUACCAUUCUACGUCAGCACACAGAGAUUGAUGCUGUUGUAGUCAAAGUGGAAUUUAAAGACAUUAGGAAUGGUAGUUUGGAACGGCUGAAACAGGAUUUUGAAGAACUGAUUGUAUCUCUGUUGCAUUACAACCUGUAAUUUAAAUGGAUUUUUAUUUGGAUUUCAUGUAAUGGACAUACACAAAAUAGUCAAAAUUGGUGAAUGAAAUGAAUGAAUAAAGAAAUUACUUGUUUCAAAAAAUUCAAAAAAAUAAAUAACGGAAAAGUGGUGCAUGCAUAUGUAUUCACCCCCUUUGCUAUGAAGCCCCUAAAUAAGAUCUGGUGCAACCAAUUACCUUCAGAAGUCACAUACAGUGGGGGAAAAAAGUAUUUAGUCAGCCACCAAUUGUGCAAGUUCUCCCACUUAAAAAGAUGAGAGAGGCCUGUAUUUUUCAUCAUAGGUACACGUCAACUAUGACAGACAAAAUGAGAAGAAAAAAUCCAGAAAAUCACAUUGUAGGAUUUUUAAUGAAUUUAUUUACAAAUUAUGGUGGAAAAUAAGUAUUUGGUCAAUAACAAAAGUUUCUCAAUACUUUGUUAUACUGUAUACCCUUUGUUGGCAAUGACACAGGUCAAACGUUUUCUGUAAGUCUUCACAAGGUUUUCACACACUGUUGCUGGUAUUUUGGCCCAUUCCUCCAUGCAGAUCUCCUCUAGAGCAGUGAUGUUUUGGGGCUGUCGCUGGGCAACACAGACUUUCAACUCCCUCCAAAGAUUUUCUAUGGGGUUGAGAUCUGGAGACUGGCUAGGCCACUCCAGGACCUUGAAAUGCUUCUUACGAAGCCACUCCUUCGUUGCCCGGGCGGUGUGUUUGGGAUCAUUGUCAUGCUGAAAGACCCAGCCACGUUUCAUCUUCAAUGCCCUUGCUGAUGGAAGGAGGUUUUCACUCAAAAUCUCACGAUACAUGGCCCCAUUCAUUCUUUCCUUUACACGGAUCAGUCGUCCUGGUCCCUUUGCAGAAAAACAGCCCCAAAGCAUGAUGUUUCCACCCCCAUGCUUCACAGUAGGUAUGGUGUUCUUUGGAUGCAACUCAGCAUUCUUUGUCCUCCAAACACGACGAGUUGAGUUUUUACCAAAAAGUUCUAUUUUGGUUUCAUCUGACCAUAUGACAUUCUCCCAAUCCUCUUCUGGAUCAUCCAAAUGCAAACUUCAGACGGGCCUGGACAUGUACUGGCUUAAGCAGGGGGACACGUCUGGCACUGCAGGAUUUGAGUCCCUGGCGGCGUAGUGUGUUACUGAUGGUAGGCUUUGUUACUUUGGUCCCAGCUCUCUGCAGGUCAUUCACUAGGUCCCCCCGUGUGGUUCUGGGAUUUUUGCUCACCGUUCUUGUGAUCAUUUUGACCCCACGGGGUGAGAUCUUGCGUGGAGCCCCAGAUCGAGGGAGAUUAUCAGUGGUUUUGUAUGUCUUCCAUUUCCUAAUAAUUGCUCCCACAGUUGAUUUCUUCAAACCAAGCUGCUUACCUAUUGCAGAUUCAGUCUUCCCAGCCUGGUGCAGGUCUACAAUUUUGUUUCUGGUGUCCUUUGACAGCUCUUUGGUCUUGGCCAUAGUGGAGAUUGGAGUGUGACUGUUUGAGGUUGUGGACAGGUGUCUUUUAUACUGAUAACAAGUUCAAACAGGUGCCAUUAAUACAGGUAACGAGUGGAGGACAGAGGAGCCUCUUAAAGAAGAAGUUACAGGUCUGUGAGAGCCAGAAAUCUUGCUUGUUUGUAGGUGACCAAAUACUUAUUUUCCACCAUAAUUUGCAAAUAAAUUCAUAAAAAAUCCUACAAUGUGAUUUUCUGGAUUUUUUUCCCUCAAUUUGUCUGUCAUAGUUGACGUGUACCUAUGAUUAAAAUUACAGGCCUCUCUCAUCUUUUUAAGUGGGAGAACUUGCACAAUUGGUGGCUGACUAAAUACUUUUUUCACCACUGUAAUUAAUUAAAUAAAGUCAACCUGAGUGCAAUCUAAAUGUCACAUGAUCUGUCACAUGAUCUUAGUAUAUAUACACCUGUUCUGAAAGGCUCCAAAGUCUGCAACACCACUAAGCAAGGGGCACCACCAAGCAAGAGGCACCAUGAAGACCAAGGAGCUCUCCAAACAGGUCAGGGACAAAGUUGUGGAGAAGUACAGAUCAGGGUUGGGUUAUAAAAAAUAUCAGAAACUUUGAACAUCCCACGGAGCACCAUUAAAUCCAUUAUUAAAAAAUGGAAAGAAUAUGGCACCACCACAAACCUGGCAAGAGAUGGCCACCCACCAAAACUCACGGACCAGGCAAGGAGGGCAUUAAUCAGAGAGGCAACAAAGAGACCAAAGAUAACCCUGAAGGAGCUGCAAAGCUCCACAGCGGAGAUUGGAGUAUCUGUCCAUAGGACCACUUUAAGCCGUACAGUCCACAGAGCUAGGCAAUACGGAAGAGUGGCCAGAAAAAAGCCAUUGCUUGAAGAAAAUAAUAAGCAAACACAUUUGGUGUUCGCCAAAAGGCAUGUGGGAGACUCCACAAACAUAUGGAAGAAGGUACUCUGGUCAGAUGACACUAAAAUUGAGCUUUUUGGCCAUCAAGGAAAACACUAUGUCUGGCGCAAACCCAACACCUCUCAUCACCCCGAGAACACCAUCCCCACAGUGAAGCAUGGUGGUGGCAGCAUCAUGCUGUGGGGAUGGUUUUCAUCGGCAGUGACUGGGAAACUGGUCAGAAUUGAAGGGAUGAUGGAUGGCGCUAAAUAUAGGGAAAUUCUUGAGGGAAACCUGUUUCAGUCUUCCAGAGAUUUGAGACUGGGACAGAGAUUCACCUUCCAGCAGGACAAUGACCCUAAGCAUACUGCUAAAGCAACACUCGAGUGGUUUAAGGGGAAACAUUUAAAUGUCUUGGAAUGGCCUAGUCAAAGCCCAGACCUCAAUCCAAUUGAGAAUCUGUGGUAUGACUUAAAGAUUGCUGUACACCAGCGGAACCCAUCCAACUUGAAGGAGCUGGAGCAGUUUUGCCUUGAAGAAUGGGCAAAACUCCCAGUGGCUAGAUGUGCCAAGCUUAUAAAGACAUACCCCAAGAGACUUGCAGCUGUAAUUGCUGGGAGGAUGUAAAUCAUUUGAUCUAUUUGUUGUGAAACUGAACAUAACCCUAGAAUGGUAGUUCCUGUUUCAGGAUCAGGAGUGUAUUGAAAAUGUCAACAUGUGCUGUAAUUGCUGCAAAAGGUGGCUCUACAAAGUAUUGACUUUGGGGGGGCGAAUAGUUAUGCACGCUCAAGUUUUCUGUUUUUUUGUCUUAUUUCUUGUUUGUUUCACAAGAAAACAUAUUUUGCAUAUUCAAAGUGGUAGACAUGUUGUGUUCAUCAAAUUAUACAAACCCCCCAAAAAUCCAUUUUAAUUCCAGGUUGUAAGGCAACAAAAUAGAAAAAAUGCCAAGGGGGGUGAAUACUUUCGCAAGCCACUGUAAUUUCCAUUGGGCUCCCGAGUGGCGCAGCGGUCUAAGGCACUGCAUCUCAGUGCUUGAGGCGUCACUACAGACAGAUUCCAGGCUGUAUCACAACCGGCCGUGAUUGGGAGUCCCAUAGGGCAGCGUACAAUUGGCCCAGCGUUGUCCGGGUUUGGCUGGUGUAGGCCGUCAUUGUAAAUAUGAAUUUGUUCUUAACUGACUUGCCUAGUUAAAUAAAGGUAAAAUACAAUUUUUAAAAAAGGAACCCACUGUUGUUAGCUCCCCCUUAUGUGUAUAUCAAGCGAUCGUAUUGCUGCAUUAUUGAAGUUGCACACAUGGGGAAAAUGUUUAGUAGCCUAGGGUCCAGGAAAAUGUUGGCCUUUUUAUAAACUCAUUUCAUGCAAUUCUAUGUCAUUUUACAUGACUGGAGACUUUGGCAGAAUAUUUUUUAAUACCGCCCAAGUUAUCGAAAUGGCAGGCUACUUUGACACUGACAAAUUGAUAAUCUGAGAUCAAUAAAAACGACCUUGUCUUGAAUCCAUCAAUAGCCUAGGCCUAGGUGUGUGGAGACAUAUUGUAGGCUAUAUGAGGAGGAAAUUAUAGUCCUAAAAAUGUUUUCCAGUUUCACUGACUCACCCAAUGGUGCGCAGCUCACUCACAGGUGAUGGCCGAUGUGCUCGUGCCAAAAGCCCCUCUCUCUCUUUUGUAAAACAAUAUUUGUACGUUUAUCAUAUAUUUUGGUAGCCUACAGCAUAGUCUUCUCUUUUCAGAAGGAGCCAUUUGCUUUCUAACCUGUGUUUUCCCUCGAUUGUAUUUGAAAUAUUGCGAAAGGCCUGUUUUGUCUGGGUGCUGUUUUUUCACUGACACACCCGACUGUAAGCUAUUCCUUGUUAUUGGGCUACAAUCCACAGCUAUUGAUCAUCUGUAUCUAAAUUAUAGGCCUUCUCAUGGUGUAGUAGGCUAUUCUGAAUUAUUUAAUUUAUUUCUGAAGAGACAGCAGUAAUUCUAUAACUUUGGCAAAUGUAUUUAAAUUUAUCAGGGGUGCUGCGGUUCGUUCAGAAUCCUUUGUGUGGCUAUGAUUCUUUAAGUGUCGGUCUCAAACAUACAGUACCAGUCAAAAGUUUGGACACACCUACUCAUUCAAGGGCUUUUCUUUAAUUUUACUAUUUUCUACAUUGUAGAAUAAUAGUGAAGACAUAAAAACUAUGAAAUAACACAUAUGGAAUCAUGUAGUAACCAAACAAGUAUUAAACAAAUCAAAAUAUAUUUUAUAUUUGAGAUUCUUCAAAGUAGCCACCCUUUGCCUUGAUGACAACUUUGCACACUCUUGGCAUUCUCUCAACCAGCUUCACCUGGAAUGCUUUUCCAACAGUCUUGAAGGAGUUCCCACAUAUGCUGAGCACUUGUUGGAUUCUUUUUUUUCACUCUGCGGUCCAGCUCAUCCCAAACCAUCUCAAUUGGGUUGAGGUCGGGUGAUUGUGGAGGCCAGGUCAUUUGAUGCAGCACUCCAUCACUCUCCUUCUUGGUCAAAUAGCCCUUACACAGCCUGGAGGUGUGUUGGGUCAUUGUCCUGUUGAAAAACAAAUGAUAGUCCCACUAAGCGCAAACCGGAUGGGAUGGCGUAUCGCUGCAGAAUGCUGUGGUAGCCAUGCUGGUCAAGUGUGCCUUGAAUUCUAAAUAAAUCACAGACAGUGUCACCAGCAAAGCACCUCCUCCAUGCUUCACGGUGGGAACCACACAUGCGGAGAUCAUCCGUUCACCUACUCUGCGUCUCACAAAGACACGGCGGUUGGAACCAAAAAUCUCAAAUUUGGACUCAUUAGACCAAAGGACAGAUUUCCACCGGUCUAAUGCCCAUAGCUCGUGUUUCUUGGCCCAAGCACAUCUAUUCUUCUUAUUGGUGUCCUUUAGUAGUGGUUUCUUUGCAGCAAUUCGACCAUGAAGGCCUGAUUCACGCAGUCUCCUCUGAACAGUUGAUGUUGAGAUGUGUCUGUUACUUGAACUCUGUGAAGCAUUUAUUUGGGAUGCAAUUUCUGAGGCUGGUAACUCUAAUGAACUUAUCCUCUGCAGCAGAGGUAACUCUGUGUCUUCCUUUCCUGUGGCGGUCCUCAUGAGAGCCAGUUUCAUCAUAGUGCUUGAUGGACUUGGUGUUUUACCAAAUAGGGCAAUCUUCUGUAUACCUUGUCACAACACAACUAAUUGGCUCAAACGCAUUAAGAAGGAAAGAAAUUCCACAAAUUAACAAGGCACACCUGUUAAUUGAAAUGCAUUCCAGGUCACUACCUAAUGAAGCUGGUUGAGAGAAUGCCAAGAGUGUGCCAAACUGUCAUCAAGGCAAAGGGUGGCUACUGUGAAGAAUUAACUAAGAGGCAACUCGAAUGAACUUUGAUUGCUUUUAUUCAAAAUAUUACAUUGCAAAAAGUGACAAUUAUUUGUCAUGCCAGCAGAGGCACCGGAUCCGGCCAAAUAGGUUCCGGAACAAAACAGUCCAAAACGGAGAGGUGCCGGAUUCUGUUCCGGCAGGAUCCGGCUCAAAUUAAGCACUGGGAUUUGUCAAUAGUAAUCUUGUGCACAUUUAUCUGAAUUCUACUUAGCUCUGUCACUUUGAAUCCAAUCAGGAAGCCCAUUGUGGCAAGCUCAUCCAAUUCUAUUGACUCUUGUGUCAACAUGGAUACUCCUGCUGUUUUCAAAUCUCACAGAGAGCUUGGCCUGUUACAUAUACAGUGAGGGAAAAAAGUAUUUGAUCCCCUGCUGAUUUUGUACGUUUGCCCACUGACAAAGACAUGAUCAGUCUAUAAUUUUAAUGAUAGGUUUAUUUGAACAGUGAGAGACAGAAUAACAACAAAAAAAUCCAGAAAAACGCAUGUGAAAAAUGUUAUGAAUUGAUUUGCAGUUUAAUGAGGGAAAUAAGUAUUUGACCCCUCUGCAAAACAUGACUUAGUACUUGGUGGCAAAACCAGACGUUUCUUGUAGUUGGCCACCAGGUUUGCACACAUCUCAGGAGGGAUUUUGUCCCACUCCUCUUUGCAGAUCUUCUCCAAGUCAUAAAUGUUUCGAGCCUGACGUUUGGCAACUCGAACCUUCAGCUCCCUCCACAGAUUUUCUAUGAUAUUAAGGUCUGGAGACUGGCUAGGCCACUCCAGGACCUUAAUGUGCUUCUUCUUGAGCCACUCCUUUGUUGCCUUGGCCGUGUGUUUUGAGUCACUGUCAUGCUGGAAUACCCCGCCACGACCCAUUUUCAAUGCCCUGGCUGAGGGAAGGAGGUUCUCACCCAAGAUUUGACGGUACAUGGCCCCGUCCAUCGUCCCUUUGAUGCGGUGAAGUUGUCCUGUCCCCUUAAUAGAAAAACACCCCUAAAGCAUAAUGUUUCCACCUCCAUGUUUGACAGUGGGGAUGGUGUUCUUGGGGUCAUAGGCAGCAUUCCUCCUCCUCCAAACAAGGCGAGUUGAGUUGAUGCCAAAGAGCUCGAUUUUGGUCUCAUCUGACCACAACACUUCCACCCAGUUCUCCUCUGAAUCAUUCAGAUGUUCAUUGGUAAACUUCAGACAGGCCUAUACAGUGGCGAGAACAAGUAUUUGAUACACUGCCGAUUUUGCAGGUUUUCCUACUUACAAAGCAUGUAGAGGUCUGUAAUUUUUAUCAUAGGUACACUUCAACUGUGAGAGACGGAAUCUAAAACAAAAAUCCAGAAAAUCACAUUGUAUGAUUUUUAAGCAAUUAAUUUGCAUUUUAUUGCAUGACAUAAGUAUUUGAUCACCUACCAACCAGUAAGAAUUCCGGCUCUCACAGACCUGUUAGUUUUUCUUUAAGAAGCCCUCCUGUUCUCCACUCAUUACCUGUAUUAACUGCACCUGUUUGAACUCGUUACCUGUAUAAAAGACACCUGUCCACACACUCAAUCAAACAGACUCCAACCUCUCCACAAUGGCCAAGACCAGAGAGUUGUGUAAGGACAUCAGGGAUAAAAUUGUAGACCUGCACAAGGCUGGGGUGAGCUACAGGACAAUAGGCAAGCAGCUUGGUGAGAAGGCAACAACUGUUGGCGCAAUUAUUAGAAAAUGGAAGAAGUUCAAGAUGACGGUCAAUCACCCUCUGUCUGGGGCUCCAUGCAAGAUCUCACCUCGUGGGGCAUCAAUGAUCAUGAGGAAGGUGAGGGAUCAGCCCAGAACUACACAGCAGGACCUGGUCAAUGACCUGAAGAGAGCUGGGACCACAGUCUCAAAGAAAACCAUUAGUAACACACUACGCCGUCAUGGAUUAAAAUCCUGCAGCACACGCAAGGUCCCCCUGCUCAAGCCAGCGCAUGUCCAAGCCCGUCUGAAGUUUGCCAAUGACCAUCUGGAUGAUCCAGAGGAGGAAUGGGAGAAGGUCAUGUGGUCUGAUGAGACAAAAAUAGAGCUUUUUGGUCUAAACUCCACUCGCCGUGUUUGGAGGAAGAAGAAGGAUGAGUACAACCCCAAGAACACCUUCCCAACCAUGAAGCAUGGAGUUGGAAACAUCAUUCUUUGGGGAUGCUUUUCUGCAAAGGGGACAGGACGACUGUACCGUAUUGAGGGGAGGAUGGAUGGGGCCAUGUAUCGCGAGAUCUUGGCCAACAACCUCCUUCCCCCAGUAAGAGCAUUGAAGAUGGGUCGUGGCUGGGACUUCCAGCAUGACAACGACCCGAAACACACAGCCAGGGCAACUAAGGAGUGGCUCCAUAAGAAGCAUCUCAAGGUCCUGGAGUGGCAUAGCCAGUCUCCAGACCUGAACCCAAUAGAAUAUCUUUGGAGGUAGCUGAAAGUCCGUAUUACCCAGCGACAGCCCUGAAACCUGAAGGAUCUGGAGAAGGUCUGUAUGGAGGAGUGGGCCAAAAUCCCUGCUGCAGUGUGUGCAAACCUGGUCAAGACCUACAGGAAACGUAUGAUCUCUGUAAUUGCAAACAAAGGUUUCUGUACCAAAUAUUAAGUUCUGCUUUUCUGAUGUAUCAAAUAGUUAUGUCAUGCAAUAAAAUGCAAAUUAAUUACUUAAAAAUCAUACAAUGUGAUUUUCUGGAUUUUUGUUUUAGAUUCCGUCUCUCACAGUUGAAGUGUACCUAUGAUAAAAAUUACAGACCUCUACAUGCUUUGUAAGUAGGAAAACCUACAAAAUCGGCAGUGUAUCAAAUACUUGUUCUCCCCACUGUAUAUGUGCUUUCUUGAGCAGGGGGACCUUGAGGGCGCUGCAGGAUUUCAGCCCUUCACGGCGUAGUGUGUUAUCAAUUGUCUUCUUGGUGACUAUGGUCCCAGCUGCCUUGAGAUCAUUGACAAGAUCCUCCUGUGUAGUUCUGGGCUGAUUCCUCACCGUUUUCAUGAUCAUUGCAACUCCACGAGGUGAGAUCUUGCAUGGAGCCCCAGGCCGAGGGAGAUUGACAGUUAUUUUGUGUUUCUUCCAUUUGCGAAUAAUCGCACCAACUGUUGUCACCUUCUCACCAAGCUGCUUGGCAAUGGUCUUGUAGCCCAUUUCAGCCUUGUGUAGGUCUACUAUCUUGUCCCUGACAUCCUUGGAGAGCUCUUUGGUCUUGGCCAUGGUGGAGAGUUUGGAAUCUGAUUGAUUGAUUCCUUCUGUGGACAGGUGUGGACACUCCCUUUAAGAGUGUGCUCCUAAUCUCAGCUUGUUACCUGUAUAAAAGACACCCGGGAGCCAGAAAUCUUUCUGAUUGAGAGGGGGUCAAAUACUUAUUUCCCUCAUUAAAAUGCAAAUCAAUUUAUAACAUUUUUGACAUGCAUUUUUCUGGAUCUUUUUGUUGUUAUUCUGUCUCUCACUGUUCAAAUAAACCUACCAUUAAAAUUAUAGACUGAUCAUGUCUUUGUCAGUGGGCAAACGUACAAAAUCAGCAGGGGAUCAAGUACUUUUUUCCCUCACUGUAUGUGACCGACCGGCUUGAUUCGGUCUUACGUAGCAAAAUUUGAAAUUGUGUUUUUUACAUUGGAUAAAAGUAGAGACUCAGAGCUAGAAAAUGGUAUAUCAUACACUACAGUUGAGGAACAAUGGGAAAGUAAUUCCGCUUUGAAAGUUGAUAAACUUGUAACCUCACUUUUGAGAAAGCUUUUUUUUACUAGCUGCAUACCAGGACCCAGUUUUGGCACUUUCAUUUUUCUCAUCCAUUUUGACCUCUCUGGCUGAUAAACAUGCCCCUUUCAAGCAACUCAGAGUCAAAAACCGAACUAAUCCAUGGUACUCUCCUGUACUCUCAGACCUCCUCUUGGUAAGAAAUCAAGCCUGGGCGAAGACAAACUGGCUCGUUAGCUGAUUGGCAGCUAUUUGGGCAGUUGAGAAAUGGGUGCACUGCCUCGGUUAAACAGGUGAAAUCAAACUAGUUCCUUAGCGCUGUGGCAGACUCUGUUAGUGAUCACUCUAAAUUCUGGAUAACCGUUAAUUCACUGAAGCGGGGUAAUUCCUCUACCUCCCUGCCUAAGCAAGUAGUUUUAGCAUCAUUACUGAAAAUGUUAAGAUUUGUGAUGCUUUUAAUCAGCAUUUUAUCUCAGCUGGUUUCUUACUUGAAAGAUUUGGUGGUCAAACUGGUCUUGGCGAGUCAGUUGACUGUUCUUCCCACAUACAGCUUUCAGUUGCCUCGAUGGAAUCAGUCGACUCGGGAAAUGGUAGUCCGGGUUUUUCUUUUUGGCAACUCACAGAAACAGAAGUUAUUUCUGCGUUAUUAGCUAUUGACACCAAGAUGUCAUUAGGGGCUGUCAAUUUCGACCCGUCUUUGCAGCACCCCUCAUUGCUUGCUCAGUAACACACAUUUUUUAUUUAACUUUAGUAUCAGGAAAUAUUCCAAAAGUGUGGAAAGCAGCUUUUGUGUUGACACUCCAUAAAGGCGGGAUAGUAAUGAUCUUGAUAAUUAUCUACCUAUUUCCAUGCUCCCUUGUCUUGCGAAAAUCCUAGAAUAAUUUGUCAACAAACAGCUACGUUAUUUUCUAUCUGUAAAUGGUAUUCUUAAUGUUAAUCAAUCUGGAUUCAGACCUGAACAUAGUACAACUAUGGCUACCAUGCUUGUUGUAAAUUAUAUUGUAAAUGCCUUAGAUGAUAGAAAGAAUUGUGCCGCCAUGUUUGUAGACUUGUUAAAAGCUUUUGAUACUGUAGACCAUGUUAUUCUGUUGAAUAAGCUGUCAUCUAUAGGGUUGGGUACUUAUGCUUGCCGAUGGUUUCAUAAUGACCUCAACGACAGAACUCAGGCCAUCAAGGUAUAUGGGGUCAAAUCUGAGUUCCUUGAGUUACAUAAAGAGGUGCCCCAAGGUUCAAAUACUCGGCCCACUACUGUUUGUAUGCAAAUGAUAGUGUUGUAUUCCAUUGCUCCAUCGGUUGGCUAAGCCUUUUCAAAUUUGAAAUCAGAUUUUCUAGCACUGCGGAGAUCACUUCUGGAUCUAAAGUUAGUGCUAAAAGCAAAACAAAACAAAAUGCAUGCUUUUUUUCUAGGUCCCAUAACCCAGUUUUAAAUGAAUUUGUAAUGACUAGUUUGAACGGUACACAAAUUGAGCGAGUUCCUUCCUACAAAUAUCGUGGUAUCUUGCUUCAUGAUAAACUGUCAUUUAAAAAACAUGUCACUGAGGGCCUCCCGAGUGGUGCAGCGGUCUAAGUGGCGCAGUGGUCUAAGGCACUGUAUCGCAGUCACUACAGACCCGGGUUCGAUCCCAGGCUGUGUCACAGCCGGCCGUGACCGGUACACCCAUGAGGCGGUGCACAAUUGGCCCAGCGUCGUCCAGGUUAGGGGAGGGUUAGGCCGACCGCAAUGUCCUUGUCCCAUCGCGCUCUAGCUACUCCUUGUGGCGGCCAGGUGCCUGCAAGCUGAAUUCGGUUGCCAGCUGGACGGUGUUUCCUCCGACACAUUGGUGCGGCUGGCUUCCGGGUUAAGCGAGCAGUGUGUCAAGAAGCAGUGCAGAGCUUGGCAGGGUCGUGUUUCGGAUGACGCAUGGCUCUUGACCUUCGCCUCUCCCAAGUCCGUAGGGGAGUUGCAUCGAUGAGACAAGACUGUAACAACUAAUUGGAUAUCACGAAAUUGGGGAGAAAAAGGGGUAAAAGUACCCCCCCAAAAAAGAAAAAAACAUGUCACUGAGCUGGUGUUGAAGUUCAAGUUACAGAAACAAAGCAUGUCUGACUUUUGUUAAUAGGAAGGAAAUUGUCCAGACCACUAUUAUGUCUAUUUUAGAUUAUGGGGAUAUUAUCUAUAUGCAUGCAGCAGCAUCUACACUUAAACCACUAGAUGCUGUUUUCCAUUGUGCCCUUAGAAGUCUGUUUUGUAUCAAAAAGUAGGUUGGGCCUCUUUGUAUGUAAGGAGAGAGCAGCAUUCUCUUGUGUUUAUUUACAAAGCUCUCAUGCAGAAACUUCCUAUGUAUCUAUCAUCGUUAAUUCAAUUUAGAUUUACAAAUGACCAAACCCGGUCACAGGCUUGGAACAGUGGAGGCCCCUUCGGUCUCCACGGAGUUGGGUAAAGCUGCUUUUAGUUUUUUUUUGUUCACAGAUAUCUCUGAAAUUAGAUGUUCUGGUCCCCUAUGGUCAGUUCAGAUAAAUGAUCAGAGACCUCUUUGUUGAUAAAUGUGUCUGUUUUUCUUAUUAUGUUUUGUAAUUUUGUAUAUUGUAUGUUGCAUAUAUGUUUGAUGUAUUUAUGCAGGGCUCAUCUGAAAAAUAUACCCUAGUCGCCGUAUGACUAUGGGGCCCUGUAAAAAUAAAGGUUUAAUAAUAAGGAGUGGGGUUCCCCACUAUUCACCACGCUUCCUGUCUGUUUUCGACAGAGUUGUGUGAUUGAAGCUUCCUGUGACUGCCCCAAAAGGCACCCCAUAGUGAUAUACUUCACUCAUAUUAUCAGAGAACCGGAGUUACGCAAAUAACCUUACGUUUCUCCCUCCACCCCACCCAUAGGCUCCUGCUGUGACCUGAGACAGCACGAGUGCAAGCCUCACAACCGCGGCCUCAACAACAAGUGCUAUGAUGACUGCAUGUGCGAGGAAGGUGAGUAAGGGACGUAACAGGCCAAGGCCACAGAGCAUCAGAAAAUGUAAGCGAGAACACAACCAACAUUAAGAGACCACUGCAAAAAUAUAAGUUUCUCUGGUUUGACUAUUUAUAGGUAUGUGUUUGGGUGAAAUUAACAUUUUUGUUUUAUUCUAUAAACUACUGAUAACAUUUCUCCCAAAUUCCAAAUAAAAAUAUUGUCAUUUAGAGCAUUUAUUUGCAGAAAAUGACAACUGGUCAAAAUAACAUAAAAAAGCAAUGUUGUCAGACCUCGAAUAAUGCAAAGAAAAUAAGUUCAUGUUCGUUUUUAAACAACACAAUAUUAAUGUUUUAACUAAGGAAGAGUUCAGAAAUCAAUAUUUGGUGGAAUAACCCUGAUUUUCAAUCACGAUUUUCAAUCACAGCUUUCAUGCGUCUUGGCAUGCUCUCCCCAGUCUUUCACAUUGAUGUUGGGUGACUUUAUGGCACUCCUGGCGCAAAAUUCAAGCAGCUUGGCUUUGUUUGAUGGCUUGUGACCAUCCAUCUUCCUCUUGAUCACAUUCCAAAAGUUUUCAAUGGGGUUCAGGUCUGGAGAUUGGGCUGGCCAUGACAGGAUCUGGUGGUCCUCCAUCCACACCUUGAUUGACCUGGCUGUGUGGCAUGGCACAUUGUCCUGCUGGAAAAACCAAUCCUCAGAGUUGGGGAACAAUGUCAGAGCAAAAGGAAGCAAGUUUUCUUCCAGGACAACCUUGUACGUGGCUUGAUUCAUGCGUCCUUCACAAAGACAAAUCUGCCCGAUUCCAGCAUUGCUGAAGCACCCCCAGAUCAUCACCGAUCCUCCACCAAAUUUCACAGUGGGUGUGAGACACUGUGGCUUGUAGGCCUCUCCAGGUCUCUGUCUAACCAUUAGACAACCAGGUGUUGGGCAAAGCUGAAAAUUGGACUCAUCAGAGAAGAUGACCUUACUCCAGUCCUCUACGGUCCAAUCCUUAUGGUCUUUUGCAAACCUCAGCCUGGCUCUUCUUUGCUUCUCAUUGAUGAAGGGCUUUUUUCUAGCUUUGCACGACUUCAGCCCUGCCCCUAGGAGCCUGUUUCGAACUGUCCUCGCCGUGCACUUCACCCCAGCUGCCGUUUGCCAUUCUUUUUGUAGGUCACUUAAUGUCAUCCUACGGUUGUUGAGUGACAUUCGAAUGAGUUGGCGGUCAUCCCGGUCAGUAGAGAGUCGUUUUCGCCCUCUGCCGGUCUGUAGCUUUGUUGUCCCCAAUGUCUGCUGCUUGACCUUGUUCUUAUGAACCGCCGUCUUUGAAAUUUUAAGGAUGGAAGCAACCUGACGCUCACUGUAUCCCUCUGUCAGUAAAGCCAGAAUUGAACCCUUCUUUUCCUCACUCAAAACUUUCCUUUUCAACUCUUUUGGCAUGGUCAAUAGUUUUUUUUUAAAAAUUAAUAUUACUUUUGAGGUACUAUUAGCACUGUUUUUGCCAUCCAGCUGGUCCUAUUGCAAGAGGAUAGUGAUGACCACAGCAGUGGUUUUUAUACUUUUCCUUGUUAAAUAAGAUUUGGUUCAUGUGAUCACCUAAUCAGUACCUCAUUCAGUAGAAUGAGGUGUGCCUGUGUUGGAAUUCAACAGACACUGGAAUGGAAUGGCUGUCAUACAUGUAGAGAUGCUGAUUUAAGAAACAUUUGCAGUGGUCUCUUAAUUUUUUCCAGAGCUUGUAGGGCUCAGUUUCUGAUGUCAGUAGCCUGCUUCUCCAUCUUCUGACAGCGUUCAUAUUAAUUUGUCUCAGGGUUCCGUUGCUAUGCCAAAUUCCACCGGAAGCGUCGUGUGACCAGGCGAAGGGGUCGUUGCGUGGUGCCAGAGUCAGCCAACAGUGACCAGGGGGCCUUCAUCACAGUGUGAGGGGUCACAGACACACACCAGAAGCCCCCAACACACACCACACACUGAACAUGACCACUCUCUCUGACAUAACAGACAGACAGUGUCUAGAGAUAGUUCAUUCAGAAUUUUCAUACUACUCAUCUGGUCUCCCCCACUUCAGUGCCACAGAAUCACAUACAUGUACACAUUAGUUCCAAAACAACAACUGUGCAGUGUCUGAUUAUCUGUGUCCUGAACAUAUGAAUGUGUUUUCUGAGAAUGGAUAGAUUGUCAAUGGCUUUUCUACUGAUACUGUCACACUGCUCUUUAAAGGUGAUUAGUAUGAUAACCAACAAUGUUUGUUUGAGUUUCCUUUUCUAUGUUUUAAUAUAUGUUUUAUUUAUACAAUACUUAGAACAGAAUUAUAUGUCUAUAUUGUGUUUUCUCAACCUCAUUUUAUGUGAUUAAAUUCUUGUACAUUGAUGACCGUUGUUCUGAGUGUUCUUGAGUGUUUUCUUCAUCUUAUGGACGGAUGAUUUUUUUAGGCAGGGCAGAGACAGGCUUGGUUAAGAUUCUUAUCAUCAUGUUGCCUCUAUAUGUUCAGUAUGCUUAGUCAUGGGGCUCAGGGUCUUAUGAAACGUUAUACUCCAUGACACCAGUGAGGAUAAUUCUUCUCAGUACUCUGUGGAGACGGAUGUGAUAGUUGGUUCCAAAGAGCCACACGAGCUCUGAGGUUGGGGCUCUAGAUGCCCCCCGCUCUCAGUGGGAUGCUGUGUGUCAAGGCCCAGGGUUCCCUGGAGGAGGACAGAUGCGCUCUCUCUCUCUCACGCUCUCUCUCAUCCUCUCACUCUCUCUCACCCUCUCUCUCUCAAGACUUGCACUACAGAGUGUAAAGAAAAUGAAAUCAAUGACAUCAAGUGUACAGUGCUAUGAAAAAGUAUUUGCCCCCUUUCUAAUUUUCUCCACUUUUGCAUAUUUGUGAUACUGAAUGUUAUCAGAUCUUCAACCAAAACCUAAUAUUAGAUAAAGGGAACAUAAGUGAACAAAUAACACAACAAUUACAUAUUUAUUUCAUAAGCAAAGUUAUGCAACACCCAAUUCCCCUGUGUGAAAAAGUAAUUGCCCCCUUACACUCAAUAACUGGUUGUGCCACCUUUAGCUACAAUGACUCCAACCAAAUGCUUCCUGUAGUUGUUGCUUUUUAGCAAUUUUCAUGUAGACUUGAUUGUGUGUUUUGGAUCAUUGUCUUGCUGCAUGACCCAGCUGCGCUUCAGCUUCAGCUCACAGACGGAUGGUCUGACAUUCUCCUGUAGAAUUCUCUGAUACAGAGCAGAAUUCAUGGUUCCUUCUAUUAAGGCAAGUCGUCCAGGUCCUGAGGCAGCAAAGCAUCCCCAAACCAGUGUUUGGUUUUCGCCAGGCAUUACUGGAACCAUGUCGUCCAAAAAAUUAUACUUUUGAAUCAUCUGUCCAUAGAACGUUCUUCCAAGAGUCUUGAUGAUCAUCCAGGUGCUUUUUGACAAACUUUAGUCAACUUUUUGGACGAGAUGGGUCCCAUUAUGCCUGGCGAAAACCAAACACUGCAUUCCACUGCAUUCCACAGUAAGAACAUCAUACCAAAGGUCAAGCAUGGUGGUGGUGGUGUGAUGGUUUGGGGAUGCUUUGCUGCCUCAGGACCUGGACGACUUGCCUUAAUAGAAGGAACCAUGAAUUCUGCUCUGUAUCAGAGAAUUAUACAGGAGAAUGUCAGACCAUCCGUCUGUGAGCUGAAGCUGAAGCGCAGCUGGGUCAUGCAGCAAGACAAUGAUCCAAAACACACAAUCAAGUCUACAUGAAAAUUGCUAAAAAGCAACAAAUUGGAAGUUUUGGAAUGGCCUGGUCAAAGUCCAGACCUAAUCCCAAUUGAGAUGUUGUGGUAGGACAUGAAACGAGCAGUUCAUGCUUGAAAACCCACACGUCACUGAGUUAAAGCAGUUCUGCAUGGAAGAGUGGGCCAAAAUUCCUCCACAGCGACUUGAGAGACUGAUCAACAACUACAGGAAGCAUUUGGUUGGAGUCAUUGCAGCUAAAGGUGGCACAACCAGUUAUUGAGUGUAAGGGGGCAAUUACUUUUUCACACAGGGGAAUUGGGUGUUGCAUAACUUUGCUUAUGAAAUAAAUAUGUAAUUGUUGUGUUAUUUGUUCACUUAUGUUCCCUUUAUCUAAUAUUAGGUUUUGGUUGAAGAUCUGAUAACAUUCAGUAUCACAAAUAUGCAAAAGUAGAGAAAAUUAGAAAGGGGGCAAAUACUUUUUCAUAGCACAGUAUAUUGUGUAUUGGUGAGUGAAACAUUAGCUCCCACUCCCACCACACAAUUGUACCUGUAUCAAUAUCUGAUCAGGCAUAGUAACAAUCGUUUUUCUUCCCAAACAAUCAGCACACUGGGAGCACUCUGAUUUACGGCCUUGGAAAAAAAAGGGGUUGUGAUGUAUUCAAUAAUAACCUCAGAGAAAGUGCAGUGCUACUGAGCGCAAUGCUGGAACUUGGAGAGCAGCCAAUCGAAUGAUAGAUCACCCCCAGCCAGAUGGUGGCAGGAUACAUAGGGAACGGUGGCAUCACUAAUGGACCUGCCUAGACUGUAAAACAGCCUGUAAACAGAAGGAGUGGGGAAUUGUUCUUUAACACUUAGUGUAUGGGAAGAUGGAAAAUGGAAUUUUGGGGGGUUUGUAUCAUUUGAUUUACACAACAUGCCUACCACUUUGAAGAUGCAAAAUAUUUUAUAUUGUGAAAUAAGACAAAAAAUAACAGAACUUGAGCGUGCAUAACUAUUCAACCCCCCAAAGUCAAUACUUUGUAGAGCCACCUUUUACAGCAAUUACAGUUGCAAGUUUCUUGGGGUAUGUCUCUAUAAGCUUGGCACAUCUAGCCACUGGGAGUUUUGCCCAUUCUUCAAGGCAAAACUGCUCCAGCUCCUUAAAGUUGGAUGGGUUCCGCUGGUGUACAGCAAUCUUUAAGUCAUACCACAGAUUCUCAAUUUGAUUGAGGUCUGGGCUUUGACUAGGCCAUUCCAAGACAUUUAAAUGUUUCCCCUUAAACCACUCGAGUGUUGCUUUAGCAGUAUGCUUAGGGUCAUUGUCCUGCUGGAAGGUGAACCUCUGUCCCAGUCUCAAAUCUCUGGAAGACUGAAACAGGUUUCCCUCAAAAAUAUCCCUGUAUUUAGCGCCAUCCAUCAUUCCUUCAAUUCUGACCAGUUUCCCAGUCCCUGCCGAUGAAAAACAUCCCCACAGCAUGAUGCUGCCACCACCAUGCUUCACUGUGGGGAUGGUGUUCUCGGGGUGAUGAGAGGUGUUGGGUUUGCGCCAGACAUAGCGUUUUCCUUGAUGGCCAAAAAGCUCAAUUUUAGUCUCAUCUGACCAGAUGACCUUCUUCCAUAUGUUUGGGGAGUCUCCCACCAAAUGUGUUUGCUUAUUUUCUUCUUUAAGCAAUGGCUUUUUUCUGGCCACUCUUCCGUAAAACCCAGCUCUGUGGAGUGUACGGCUUAAAGUGGUCCUAUAGACAGAUACUCCAAUCUCCGCUAUGGAGCUUUGCAGCUCCUUCAGGGUUAUCUCUGGUCUCUUUGUUGCCUCUCUGAUUAAUGCCCUCCUUGCCUGGUCCGUGAGUUUUGGUGGGUGGCCCUCUCUUGCCAGGUUUGUGGUGGUGCCAUAUUCUUUCCAUUUUUAAAUAAUGGAUUUAAUGGUGCUCCGUGGGAUGUUCAAAGUUUCUGAUCUUUUUUAUAACCCAACCCAACCCAGCACAACAGACCCGUAGCACUGACGUCUGUAGCCAUGAAGUGCUUUGAAAGACUGGUCAUGGCUCACAUCAACAGCAUAAUCCCAGAAACCCUAGACCCACUCCAAUUUGCAUACCGCCCCAACAGAUCCACAGAUGAUGCAAUCUCUAUCGCACUCCACACUGCCCUUUCCCACCUGGACAAGAGGAACACCUACGUGAGAAUGCUAUUCAUUGACUACAGCUCAGCAUUCAACACCAUAGUGCCCUCUAAGCUCAUCACUAAGCUAAGGAUCCUGGGACUAAACACCUCCCUCUGCAACUGGAUCCUGGACUUCCUGAUGGGCCGCCCCCAGGUGGUAAGGGUAGGUAACAACACAUCUGCCACACUGAUCCUCAACACGGGGGCCCCUCAGGGGUGCGUGCUCAGUCCCCUCCUGUACUCUCUGUUCACCCAUGACUGCAUGGCCAGGCACGACUCCAACACCAUCAUUAAGUUUGCCGACGACACAACAGUGGUAGGCCUGAUCACCGACAACGAUGAGACAGCCUAUAGGGAGGAGGUCAGAGAUCUGGCCGUGUGGUGCCAGGACAACAACCUCUCCCUCAACGUGACCAAGACAAAGGAGAUGAUUGUGGACUACAGGAAAAAAAAGAGGACUGAGCACGCCCCCAUUCUCAUCGACGGGGCUGUAGUGGAACAGGUUGAGAGCUUCAAGUUCCUUGGUGUCCACAUCACCAACGAACUAUCAUGGUCCAAACACACCAAGACAGUCGUGAAGAGGGCACGACAAAGCCUAUUCCCCCUCAGGAGACUAAAAAGAUUUGGCAUGGGUCCUCAGAUCCUCAAAAAAUUCUACAGCUGCACCAUCGAGAGCAUCCUGACUGGUUGCAUCACCGCCUGGUAUGGCAACUGCUUGGCCUCUGACCGCAAGGCACUACAGAGGGUAGUGCGUACGGCCCAGUACAUCACUGGGGCAAAGCUCCCUGCCAUCCAGGACCUCUAUACCAGGCGGUGUCAGAGGAAGGCCCUCAAAAUUGUCAAAGACUCCAGCCACCCUAGUCAUAGACUGUUCUCUCUGCUACCGCACGGCAAGCGGUACCGGAGUGCCAAGUCUAGGUCCAAAAGACUUCUCAACAGCUUCUACCCCCAAGCCAUAAGACUCCUGAACAGCUAAUCAUGGCUACCCGGACUAUUUGCACUGCCCCCCCACCCCAUCCUUUUUACGCUGCUGCUACUCUGUUAAGUAAGUAUUUAUGCAUAGUCACUUUAACUCUACCCACAUGUACAUAUUACCUCAACUACCUCAACUAGCCGGUGCCCCCGCACAUUGACUCUGCAACGGUACCCCCCUGUAUAUAUAGCCUCCCUACUGUCACUUUAUUUUACUGUAUAUAUUCUCCCUACUGUCACUUUAUUUUACUUCUGCUCUUUUUUUCUCAACACUUUUUUUGUUGUUGUUUUAUUCUUACUUUUUUUGUUUAAAAUAAAUGCACUGUUGGUUAAGGGCUGUAAGUAAGCAUUUCACUGUAAUGUCUGCACCUGUUGUAUUCGGCGCAUGUGACCAAUAAAAUUUGAUUUGAUUUGAUUUGAUUUGAUUUGUACUUCUCCACAACUUUGUCCCUGACCUGUUUGGAGAGCUCCUUGGUCUUCAUGGUGCCUCUUGCUUGGUGGUGCCUCUUGCUUAGUGGUGUUGCAGACUUUGGAGCCUUUCAGAACAGGUGUAUAUAUACUGAGAUCAUGUGACAGAUCAUGUGACACUUAGAUUGCACAGAGGUGGACUUUAUUUAACUAAUUAUGUGACUUCUGAAGGUAAUUGGUUGCACCAGAUCUUAUUUAGGGGCUUCAUAGCAAAGGGGGUGAAUACAUAUGCACGCACCACUUUUCCGUUAUUUACUUUUUAGAAUUUUUUGAAACAAGUUAUUUUUUUCAUUCCACUUCACCAAUUUGGACUAUUUUGUGUAUGUCCAUUACAUGAAAUCCAAAUAAAAAUCAAUUUAAAUUACUGGUUGUAAUGCAACAAAAUAGGAAAAACGCCAAGGGGGAUGAAUACUUUUGCAAGGCACUGUAUGUGCAAUCUAUCACUCUUGUGGUAUCGCGUCGAAUGCUGGUGGGUAUUGCUGUCAAUCAAGGAGUCCGCUUAGGCUGCACCGUGUUUAGAGGCUUUUAUUAAUAUCACGAGGUUACAGCAUAAGUUACAGACCCGCGGUGUCUGGAGAAGCCCCGUCCCAAAUUAAUCUGAAUGCUUCUGACUUCUCCUUUGUCUAACCCAUACUUAUAAACAAUGGCAAUAAAUGGGUUGCUCCCUUUUUCGUCCAAUCACCGGUCUCCCCUGGGGCGUCACCCUCCAACUGCUACAUUCAAACUAAGAUAACAGUUUUUCUUUGUCCCUCAAGACUAGUCAUAAUCUUCAUACACGACACUCUAUUGGGAGGUGACAACCAGAAAGGGUCACUUGUUUUCCAAUUCUAUUAGAUUCUGGUGAUUGAUUUGGCUCCCAAGUGUAAAACAAAUUUACAACACAAAUUAAGUAAUAGACCACCCUCUCUCUCUCUCCAUCCCUCCCUCCGAAGUCCCCUCUAGGAUAUCCGGCCAAUCAUAAAAGUGGGGCCUAUACAUGGCCACAUUUGGAAAGCCUUUCAUUUCAAUCUAUGAGAUGUGUCUACUAGAAUGUACAGUCAAUGUAUGUUAAAAAUCCUGUUUCAUUUAUAAUACUACCAGUCACAGUCCUAGCUCCCACACUGACUGAGACUUUGAUUAUAAUUGAGUUAAUAGUAAAGGAAAUUGAGGUUGUCUCUUUUGGCUUCAAUAAGAAAUGGGGUAAGGAUUUUCAGUGGUUGGUGGUGCACCUCAGAAACAGCUAUUAUUCUACAGAGAUUGACCAGUAUGAGAUACAGUACAUAACAGGGUGACUGGUAUACAAUAUACUUUACAGUAAAGUUUCAUAUCUGCCUCAGAGUUUUUGAUUUCACGAGGAACAUGACAAACUGUCCAUUAAGAAACCAUUUAAGGUGAGUUACAGAGAGAUGAGAUACAAAGCAAUUCUCUGAAGCAUAUGCUGUUCUGAGAGAUUCAGUAUUUUCUUGACAUGGGAUUUUGAUGUUAUUAGAUAGAUCACCUCAGUCAGUGAGAGAGGUUUCAUGUCUGUCUGAGGAGGAAAUGUCAAGAGCUGUAAUAUGAUUCUGUCAGCUCAUAACUGCAGAGCAGUGGUGUAAAGUACUUAAGUAAAAAUACUUCAAAGUAGUACUUAAGUCGUUUUUUUGGGUAUCUGUACUUUACUCUUCAUUUUUUUUGACAACUUGUAUUUUUCCUUCACUACAUUCCUAAAGAAAAUGAUGGACUUUUUACUCCAUUCAUUUUCCCUGACACCCAAAAGUACUCGUUACAUUUUUAAUGCUUAGCAGGACAGGAAAAUGGUCCAAUUCACGCACUUAUUAAGAGAACAAGUGGUCAUCCCUACUGCCUCUGAUCUGGCGGACUCACUAAACACAAAGGCAUAAUUUGUGUGCCCCUGGCUAUCUGUACAUUUUAAAAACAAGAAAAUGGUCUGCUUUGCUUAAUAUAAGGAAUUUGAAAUGAUUUAUACUUUUACUUUUGAUACUUACGUAUAUUUUAGAUGGAACAGCCAUCUAUAGACUUAUGGGAACACAGGAUAUUCAACUUGUGAUAUCUAUUGAACACCUCACUAUAUUGCGACAUCUAUGAAAAGUGGCCACUGUAACCAAUUCAACCAGAAUGCCUAUAAUACAGUUGGUGUGUUUGGAUGUGAACAGUUUUGCCCACAUUCCAAUAAAUACAUGGUCUAAUAUUAAUGAUAAUUGAUUUACUGAAUGGUGACCAAGACCACCAACGGCAGAUGCUCACGUCUUUAUUGCAGUAUGAAAUAAUAACAUGGAGAGGGGAGAUGGACGCAAAGGGUCACGUGAAGGGAGUCAGGGUGUUGUCACAUGGGUUGUGUUUCCUGCCGGGUUAGGAGUGGUUGAGAAGUUUUAGUCAGAGAGAAGUUGAACAGUUAUUUAUGAAGUCCUCAAAAAACGAAGGGUGCCAAACUACAUCUGCAUUGGCCUGAAAAUAUGGAAAUUCCUGCCAUAAGCCUCAAGGUAAAGUCGGUUGUUUACAUAUUUACAAUGAUCACUGUAUUUACACUGCAAUUAAAAGGUCCGCACUUCGACAGUAGUUACAUUUGUAUCUUUCUUUUAUCAUCUUGUCACGUCCGCAAUGUUACAGUUAAAGGAGCAUGAGCGCUCCGUUAUUGUAGAGAACAAAAUAGGAACAAGUGUAACAAUCUUCUCCCUUGUAUAAUGCGUGACAUUUUAUUCCUCUUGCGUUACAAUUAUUCUUAUUUAUUUUUACUCUACAUCGUUGGGAAGGGCUGGUAAGCAAGCAUUUCACGGUAAAGUCUACACCCGUUGUAUUCGGCGCAUGUGAAAAAUAAAAUGUAAUUUGAAAUGACUCGGGGGCUUAUGACGAGAUGUUGAGUCCCUGGUUAAACGUUUCCAAUCAAUUAAAAUUAUUUAUUUAUUGUGAAUCACUGAUCGUUUAAUGAAAUGUCAGGCAUCAAUUAAAGUGGAGUUGACGGCAGGCAGGUUCCCUUUCACGGGGGAUAAAACAUUUUGUAAUAUGUUUUGACAUAUUUUUUUGUCCCCGCAGGCCAUAGUAUUAGUGCACUGGCUACUGACCGUCUGGUAAGUGGAUGGGUUGGCUCCUCUCAAGGAUUUAAAACGUUUUUAUAUACCUGUUGAAUUUCUCUUGUUGCCCUCUCCAACUGAGGAAAGUGGUCUACUCUGCAUGCUUCACCUGUGAUGUGUUUUCUCUAUGGGUGGCUGCAUAAACAUAAUGCCCUGCAUGAAGACUUCUUAUAGUUCCAGUCAGUCACACAAGAGGCUGUCUUUAAUCGCAGGCCUACAUUGUAUGGACCAUUUCUCACCUACCUGCUUUGCCUCCAGAGUUUGUCAAUUAAAAAUUGUCCAUUUGGAGAAUUAUAUUUAGGCCUACUCUUUUAGAGACGCUAGUAUAUACUGAAAACAUUUGGAAGCAUAUGCAAGUGUCAGUUGUUAUUUCUGACUGCGUGUUUGUGUGAUUCCUAGGGGCUGCAUGGCCUGGCUGCCGUCCUCCUAUGCCUGGGGUAACUUCAGUGUCCUGGCUGUGGGCGUGUGGGCCAUCGCUCAGAGGGACUCCAUUGAUGCUGUACUUAUGGUGAAUCACAGCCUCAUACUCCUGUACUAUCUGAGACAGCAGCCAACAGUAGAAUCAUUCUAUCCAUUCUAUUUCUAUGGGCCCUGGCCAGAGGAGGCUUGUGUGUUAGUUUUGAAGUAUAUCAACUCCUUGGUGUUCCUGUUCCAGACAUGCUAUCAAUAAGAAUCAUCCUACCUCAUCGGGCUCUAAUACAUAUUCGUCUUGUAUCUCCGUCUGCGUUUCUCUUCCAGUUUCUGAUUGGGAUUGCAGUGACGAUACUGACAGACAUUAUCCAUUUUGGGAUCUACUACCCGCUCAUUGACGGUCUAUCUGAGAGGAACCGGGACACAUUCCGCUUCAGUGCGGGCAUGGCCAUCCUGGGCCUGCUACUCAAACCUGUCUCCUGCUUCUUCAUCUACCAAAUGUACAGAGAGCGCGGAGGAGAUUACAACGUCAACUUUGGUGAGUAUGACUAGGUGUGAGUAGAGGCAGCAAGUGUUAACCAUUAGUUUACAGUAAAGCUAGUUACUGUAGCUUCAAGUGUUAAAAAUAAGGUUUUGGGGUUUGUACAUCUAGUCUCACACAAAGGAUUAACCCUGAACUGGUCUGGACAAAGUCAGAAGCAGGGUGUGAUGCAUGUGGUUCGUUUCCCACGGGGGGCCGGUAUGAAAAAUGUAUGCACUCACUAACUGUAAGUCGCUCUGGAUAAGAGCGUCUGCUAAAUGACUAAAAUGUAAAUGUAAUGUGCCUCAGUCAAAUACCAUCCUAGUGCCAAGGAGUUGUAGAGAGGAAAUAACAUUUUCCAGGCUGCGCUCUUGCCUGGGCUGUUUCAUGAUGUUGGCCAUGAGAGAAUUGUAGAGCACAUGCAGAUCAAACCAGAGUCAAGCUAAUUGAGUUACAAAGACGGUCACAAGACAAAUGCACCGGAUACACCCACUAACUAGUGGACCAGUUAGAGAAGAGCUAUGCCUUUGUAGCCAGGUUACAUUAUAUAAUCGAUUAGCAAAAUAAUCCGAUCUCAAUUCAAACAAAUACAGUAUAAAAGAAAGGACAAUUAGACAGUAGAAUCUAUAAUGGCAGUGGCAGAAAUCAACCAGCUCCCUUCUCAACUCCAUUCUGUUGGUCUGAGUCACACUGAGAUGUUAGCACAACACAAGUCUUGGGUGUUUUUGUAGACGGUUCUCACUCCUCACUCCUCACUGGAACAGGAAUGGUAUGUUAAGUUGUCCCGUAAACCAGUAAGGCACACCUGAAAGCCAUUCAUAUAUGAACAGUAAUAAUUGAUAUGUUGACUCUGUUUGUUUUAAAUGCUCUCUGAUUGCUUGACAUUGGGAAGUCUCUGGGAUCAAGGUGGCCUCCUGCUGUGCUACACACCAAAGCAAUAAGGUGUGUGUCGAUUUAAAACCAUUUAUUUAACGCUGAUACGAAUAAGUAUAGUACAUCAGUGGAGGCUCCUCAGAGGAGGAAGGGGAGGACCAUCCUCAGUGAAUUUCCGAAAAAUAAUUAAACAUUUAAAAAGUCAUAAUUUUAGAUAAAACUAUACUAAAUAUAUUCAAAUGUCACCAAAUAAUGGAUUAAAAUACACUGUUUUGGAAUGAAGGUCUACAGUAACCUCAACAGCACUCUCUGGGGUAACACCAUGGUGUAGCCAGAGGACAACUAGUUUCCGUCCUCCUCUGGGUACAUUGACAUCAAUACAAAACCUAGGAGGCUCAUGGUUCUCACCCCCUUCCAUAGACUUACACAGUAAUUAUGACGACUUCCGGAGGACGUCCUCCAACCAAUCAGAGCUCUUGGAGCAUGAACUGACGUUGUCCACCAUAUCAAAGGAUCAGAUAAUUAAUCUAGUACUGAAAGCAUAAGAUACAGCUAGCUAGAACUGCAGUGCAUAAAAUGUGGUGAGUAGUUGACUCAGAGAGAGAAAUACAAUAGUUGAACAGUUUUAAACAAAUACAUUUUUUUUAAUGAAGGAGAAGCAAGAGAGAAGGAGAGCUAGCUAUAUAUAUAUUUUUUAACUUUCACUUACUUAGCUAGUGAAUGCAGCUAGCUAGUUUAGCCUACUCAAACCCGGUUCAAACAGAGAGGGAUGCUAUGUUAGCUAUUUGGCUAAGGCUAUCCAACACUGGAACUCAGGUCAAGGUAAGCUUUUGGUUUUAUUAAUUUAUUGCAACAGGGGCCCACCUGUGUAACUGAUGAACUGCUUGCUGUACACUGUACUGCAUGAUUGUAUUGGGUUUACAAAUGCGUUAGUUCUAGUAGCUACACUACAUGACCAAAAGUAUGUGUACACCUGCUUGUCAAACAUCUCAUUCCAAAAUCAUGGGCAUUAAUAUGGAGUUGGUCCCCCCAUUUGCUGCUAUAACAGCCUCCACUCUUCUGGGAAGGCUUUCCACUAGAUGUUGGAACAUUGCUGCGGGGACUUGCUUCUAUUCAGUCACAAGAGCAUUAGUGAGGUCGGCACUGAUGUUGGGCAAUUAGGCCUUGCUCACAGUCGGCAUUCCAAUUCAUCCCAAAGGUGUUCGAUGGGGUUGAGGUCAGGGGUCAGUUCAGGCCAGUGAAGUUCUUCCACACCAAUCUCGACAAACCAUUUCUGUAUGGACCUCGCUUUGUGCACAGGGGCAUUGUCAUGCUGAAACAGGAAUGGGCCUUCCCCAAACUGUUGCCACAAAGUUGGAAGCACAGAAUUGUCUAGAAUGUCAUUGUAUGCUGUAGCGUUAAGAUUUCCCUUCACUGGAACUAAGGGUCCUAGCCCGAACCAUGAAAAACAGCCCCAGACCAUUAUUCCUCCUCCACCAAACUUUACAGUUGGCACUAUGCAUUCGGGCAGGUAGCAUUAUGAUGUGGAAAAUAAUCACUAUACUUUAUUAAAAAUCAAAGUUCUUCCAUAGUUUUUGUAGAAUCAAGAUUUGACUUUAUUUAAAUUUCAAACAAAGCCUUUUUGGUCUGCAGAGUAGCCCCCCUCUCUCUCUCUGCUCCCCAUCUAUAUAGUCCCAUUCUCAUCCCUUCUAGCUCAAAACCCUUCCCUCUUCAGUUUCCCGCGCUCGAUCGCUCCGCCCACUUCCUUUGUCUAUGAUGGCGGCUAAAUUCAACUUGUAUUCAGUUCAGAAUCAAUAGUAAUACAAUCAAUCAAUCCCUUAUCUUGCAAAAACACUCAUAUUUAGUUUAAACUCUGGUCAACCCCAGCUCUCCCGAGCUUGACCUGAAGAUUGAUUGUUGGACAUGACAGGUUCACUGAGGAGAGAUGCAUUAGGCAACAGUCUGGUUUCAGUCUCUGUUAAGGUAGGACAGCCAUGGAUUUAAGUAAGGGCGAGCAAUUCGACCCUAGGUUAGAUUCCCACUUCACACACACAGUGAAAUUACCCAAAUACAGUGGGGAGAACAAGUAUUUGAUACACUGCCGAUUUUGCAGGUUUUCCUACUUACAAAGCAUGUAGAGGUCUGUAAUUUUUAUCAUAGGUACACUUCAACUGUGAGAGAUGGAAUCUAAAACAAAAAUCCAGAAAAUCACAUUGUAUGAUUUUUAAGUAAUUAUUUUGCAUUUCAUUGCAUGAUAUAAGAGAUCAUACGUUUCCUGUAGGUCUUGAUCAGGUUUGCACACACUGCAGCAGGGAUUUUGGCCCACUCCUCCAUACAGACCUUCUCCAGAUCCUUCAGGUUUCGGGACUGUCGCUGGGCAAUACGGACUUUCAGCUCCCUCCAAAGAUUUUCUAUUGGGUUCAGGUCUGGAGAUUGGCUAGGCCACUCCAGGACCUUGAGAUGCUUCUUACGGAGCCACUCCUUAGUUCCCUGGCUGUGUGUUUCGGGUCGUUGUCAUGCUGGAAGACCCAGCCACGACCCAUCUUCAAUGCUCUAACUGAGGGAAGGAGGUUGUUGGCCAAGAUCUCGCGAUACAUGGCCCCAUCCAUCCUCCCCUCAAUAUGGUGCAGUCGUCCUGUCCCCUUUGCAGAAAAGCAUCCCCAAAGAAUGAUGUUUCCACCUCCAUGCUUCACGGUUGGGAUGGUGUUCUUGGGGUUGUACUCAUCCUUCUUCCUCCUCCAAACACGGCGAGUGGAGUUUAGACCAAAAAGCUCUAUUUUUGUCUCAUCAGACCACAUGACCUUCUCCCAUUCCUCCUCUGGAUCAUCCAGAUGGUCAUUGGCAAACUUCAGACGGGCCUGGACAUGCGCUGGCUUGAGCAGGGGGACCUUGCGUGCGCUGCAGUAUUUUAAUCCAUGACAGCGUAGUGUGUUACUAAUGGUUUUCUUUGAGACUGUGGUCCCAGCUCUCUUCAGGUCAUUGACCAGGUCCUGCCGUGUAGUUCUGGGCUGAUCCCUCACCUUCCUCAUGAUCAUUGAUGCCCCACGAGGUGAGAUCUUGCAUGGAGCCCCAGACCGAGGGUGAUUGACCGUUAUCUUGAACUUCUUCCAUUUUCUAAUAAUUGCGCCAACAGUUGUUGCCUUCUCACCAAGCUGCUUGCCUAUUGUCCUGUAGCCCAUCCCAGCCUUGUGCAGGUCUACAAUUUUAUCCCUGAUGUCCUUACACAGCUCUCUGGUCUUGGCCAUUGUGGAGAGGUUGGAGUCUGUUUGAUUGAGUGUGUGGACAGGUGUCUUUUAUACAGGUAACGAGUUCAAACCGGUGCAGUUAAUACAGGUAAUGAGUGGAGAACAGGAGGGCUUCUUAAAGAAAAACUAACAGGUCUGUGAGAGCUGGAAUUCUUACUGGUUGGUAGGUGAUCAAAUACUUAUGUCAUGAAAUAAAAUGCAAAUUAAUUACUUAAAAAUCAUACAAUGUGAUUUUCUGGAUUUUUUUUAAUAAAUGACAGACCUCUACAUGCUUUGUAAGUAGGAAAACCUGCAAAAUCGGCAGUGUAUCAAAUACUUGUUCUCCCCACUGUAGGUAUACAUGUAGCUUUUUCCUGCUUCUUAAUUUACUGGAACUGUCAUAUGUAUUAACUGCGUUUGUCAUAAAUUCUACUGUUUGUGCAUCUUUGCCUGACAUGGGGAGGUGAGAGGCAUAAUUUGGACUUACACAUGAGUAAGUUGCUCCAGUGUCUAUCAUCAUUGGUGUGCCUCUAUUAUUCACCUGAACCUUUAGCAUAGGUUCUUCAUCAGCCUGCAUAGUUACUGCCACUAGCUGACCCUCCCCUUUAGGAUUCCCUGGGCAUCCCUAGUAUCCAUGAUUUGGUCCUCCCCACGGGUUCACUAGGCUCUGUGGAGCCUGUGUCUGAGACUGCUGCCAUUCAGCUAAGCUGGGCCCAUUUCCUUGCCAAUUACCCUGUUGUGGUUGCCUAGGCCACCGCGGCUUGGUGGGACAAUUCCUUCUUGUAUGUCCUGAUUGAUUGCACCUCCAGCAGACACCUGGUCUUCUUGGUCCACCAUUCUGGUGUCUGUUGCUGUGGUCGGUACCAUUGAUUCCUUGGUCUGUUUCCAUUUCCUCUGUUUAUAUACUUUGAUUUGUUUUAACACUUUUGUUUUUGUUUACUACAUGAUUCCAUAUGUUAUUUCAUAGUUGUGUGUCUUCACUAUUAUUCAACAAUGUAAAAAAUAGUAAAAAUAAAGAAAGAUCCUUGAAUUAGUAGAUCCAGAGUAAGUAAACCUUUUAAGGGAAUUAUUCCACUUUCAUCAAGAAUAUUAAGUCUGCAUGAAACCCUAUUGAUUUUGUCCGUUUUCGUCAUCCAAUCCCAAACAUCUCACUGUCACCAUUUCCUUUUCACUUAUUUCACUGCUUGUGAUUGAGUGUUGUCAGUAGCUUUAUGUCUGUGAGUGGAAACUCUCCUGUCUUGUCUGUUUGGUGUGUUAUGUUCUGACCCUGUUUGUAUUUUGUCUCCAUCUGUCUCCCCUCUGCUGCUGGCCUCUGACCCCUCAGACUUCGAGACCUCAGUGGACAGUCGCUGCACCACGGAUAGUGCUGACAGUGCUUUUAUUGGCUGCCGCUACUGAUCCCCAUCCUCUUCUUUUUCAUAAUUCCUUUCCUUCCAUCAUCCUCUCCUCCAUCCUCUCCUCCCCUCACACAGAAAGUAAAGGAAACCGCUGGGCUGAAGAACUACAGGCCUACCUCACUUUUUGUUCUGUUUUCUGACUGUCCACUCUUUUACCUCUGGCCACAUGACUGCAAAAUCUAUAGUUCAGUGUUCUGUACUCAUGUCUUCCCAUUCAUACUCUUCUGCCAAUCACAUAAUAUCUACAUGUCCCUCCUUCCUAUCUAAAUACUGAAACUGUCAUCACUGCCCCCUACACUCCAUGAAAAUGAUCUUUACAUAUUCUUGCUUGAUGUUUUUGUGUUUGUAAGACAAAAUAGCUAAGAAUAAGGUUGAACAAUUUAGGUCAUAAACAGAUGGUUGGAGAUUUUAACACAACUUUGAGUACUUAAAGGGAUACUUCAGGAUUU